AUGACUGAGUUCAAUCCGUGCGAACCAAUCGGUGAACCAAAACAGAACAAUGCCAUUGAGGGCGUAACAUUUGCCAUUGAGAGCAGAACAGAUGCCAUUGAGGGCGUAACAUUUGCCAUUGAGAGCAGAACAGAUGCCAUUGAGGGCGUAACAUUUGCCAUUGAGAGCAGAACAGAUGCCAUUGAGGGCGUAACAUUUGCCAUUGAGAGCAGAACAGAUGCCAUUGAGGGCGUAACAUUUGCCAUUGAGAGCAGAACAGAUGCCAUUGAGGGCGUAACAUUUGCCAUUGAGAGCAGAACAGAUGCCAUUGAGAGCAGAACAGAUGCCAUUGAGGGCGUAACAUUUGCCAUUGAGAGCAGAACAGAUGCCAUUGAGGGCGUAACAUUUGAGCAUUCGAUGCACGAACGACGAAUCAUGAUAGCUGCUGAUAAGACUAGUGAACUUGUAAGUGAGAUGAUGUGUUAUCGAGAACUGCAAACUGUUACAUACAUUCAGCAUUCUUGA